UUACAACCAGGGCCGUAACUACCAAUGAGGAAACCCAGGUCAUGUCCUUUUUUUUUUUUUCAUGCCCAUUUGCAAAGCCUUUGCACAACCUUCUAUUGUCAGGCGGGCAAACUCAGGAAUGUGGACUCAAGUGCAGGAACACAAAGGCGGGAGAGUGGUUGAAAUGAAGCAUCUUUGCCGAAUAAAUUGACCAAAACAAUAAAUUCAAACAGGCAAACACAUUAACCGGGGAACUCGGGAAAGCAGGAAGACAAAAUAUGGUAAUUUGGGACACCUUCAGUAUUUUUCUCCUAAACUAAUUAAUGUCAUUCAGCAUUUUCACCUCAAAGACCUUGUAUAUAAACGAAGUGUUCAUGAUCACAUGACGUUGAUUCUGUGACACUAUUGAACAGUGUGUGGCGACAGUCACCCAGGAAGGCACAAGACUGCUUAGAUCAUUUUAUGCAGACCUGGACAUAUUUAUUGAGGAAAACUUGCAACAGGGAGACAAGAACCGCAGAACGGCAGAUACAGAGGAUCUAUAAAACGAACAAGGUCGACACUGCGCAGUGAUGAAGCAAAGUGUGGUUACCCUCCUGCUGAUCUCAGGACUCUGCAGACUCUGUUCCUGCCUCACUUAUCACUUUGUGAACACAAAAAGGAACUGGACAGACGCGCAGAGAUACUGCAGAGACCAUUACACUGACCUGGCCACUGCAGACAACCCAGAGGACAUGAAGGCUUUGCUGGAAGCAGCUUAUCGUCACCAUGGUUGUCCUAAUUUUCCGUCUUGGUGGAUAGCAUUUUAUGAAGACCUGAACAGAUGGCAGUUGUCUAACAGUCUGGACAAUAUUACCAAGGACUCCUGUGGGGUGAUGCACAGAAGUGGUAAAUGGUACCGUGGUUGGUGCAAAGAGGGAAGACCCUUCGCCUGCUAUAACGACAAUUUGGUCCUGGUCAGAGAGAAGAAGACUUGGGAUGAGGCCCUGGCUUACUGCAGACAGCACUAUAGGGUCCUGGUCUGCCCUUCCACAGAGCAGCUGCAGCUCUUGGUGAAGAGGAGGACUCUAUACUCCUCCUCUGCUCACCUGUGGCUGGGUCUCAGAUAUUCCUGCGGCACUCACCGCUGGCUCUCCGUCGGAGGGGACAGCAUCAGGUACCAGAACUGGGGCCCAGGGAACAACACCGGGGAGUGUGGCCACAGGGGGGCCAUAGAGUCUGGAUCUGGGCAAUGGGUCAGCCUGCCUAAAACUGAGAGGCUGAACUUCAUCUGCAGCACAUGGGGGGACAACGAGACAAACUCCACAGUGAGACACGUGCAUGUAUUCAGAGUGCAGCUGAGGACCGCUUCAUCUCUCAAUAUGACUGACCCAGCAGUUGGGGAAGCCAUCUUAGAGCAGAACAGAGAUUACAACAGAGCCUGCCAUUCAGAGAGCAGUACUGUCAGAGAUGGGCACUGAUAGUUAUGGAAACAGGUACUACUGUGUGUAUGGGUGACUGAGUUAUAGUACUGCACAAGCUACACCUACCUUGGGCUAGUAAAAAGUGCAAUAGGGAACUUUAUCCUGCCAAUAAAUUAUCUGAAAGAAAAA